AUGUAUGUGAAAUGGUUUGAUACAGUAAUGGAAUACUAUCAGAUUUUAGUGUAUUGAGCAGCAAUGACAGCAAAAAUUACAUUUUUCAAAUUUCCCGCCGGUUCCGGCGCCCGUACGUCCCGACGUCACAGGGACCGGAACACAGAAGCCGAUGCCGGCAUCGGCUGGGGGAGAUGGCCGGGGAUGCUGCAGGGGACACAUCGCGGGAGCGAAGGACAAGGUAAGUGCUGCAGGGACCCCCAGAGCAGCGCCGCAUGGUAAGCCCGAGUGUAGCUCGGGGUUACCGCUCUUGGUAUAGAAAUUUUACCCCGAGCUACAUUCGGGAUUACCGCUAAGGAGGUUAAAUAAAU